UGAUAGUCUGUGGUCAUUCAUAACACGAACAUAUGUAUCUUUUUUUAAAUGAUUCUGAAAAUUUCUUAUUAUAAUUUAGAAGAGUUUCAAUUUUAUUUAUCAUCUUUUAUUGAAGAGUAAAAGAAGAUGACUUACGCAUAUAAGAUAUAUAAAAAGAAAGAAAAAAUAUUAAAAUGCUAAAUACAAGUGAAGACGAAAAACAGCGAUUAACAGGGACAGUACUUGAAGGAAUUAAAUCUGGAACCACUAUGCAAACUAGAUUUAAAUUGAUUCCUGAUGCUCAUUUAAAUCCAGAAACAAUCGCCGGUAUUCGAGAUAUGAAUCUCGGUAGAAUACGAACCGAUGGAAUCAGGGUUGGCGCACCUACUAUUCGUUUCGAUACCGGACAAAAUUCAGUACCGCAUAUCAAUAUCAAUCCAAAAGGUAAGCCUAGUGUAUCAGAUCCACAUUUUCAGGUUCCAGAAGGAGUGAUAGAGGGAGCUAAAGUUAUUAAUAAAACUUUAAAAUAUGUUGGUACGAGUUUAACAGUGGCUGCGGUAGUAGUUGAUUCCUACCGUAUUGGUUGUGCAUUUAAAGAUGAUUUGUAUAUUCGCGCUAAUGCAAAUGAAAUAAUCUUGGAAUUAGAGGAAAGCAUUGAAAAACUGAAAAAAGCACUUGAGACUGAAACUGAUUCAAGCAAAAGACAAGAAAUUAGAUAUGCUAUUGAACAAAUAGAAGAGAAUUUGAAAGAUGUAAAACGUACAAGAAAAGUCCCGGUUAAAACACUUAAAACAGUUUCAAGUACUGCCGGAGGUUGGAGUAUCGGUGCAGCAGGUGGUGCUAGUGGGGCAUGGAUUGGUACAAAAACAGGCACUAUGAUUGGAACUAUAUGUGGUGGCCCAGUUGGUGCAGCAAUUGGUGCUCCGUUUGGUGCAAUCGUUGGUGCAAUCGGAGGUGGAAUUAUGGGUGGUAUUUUGGGAAGUAAAGGUGGUGAAGUUUUAGCUAAAGAAGGAUUAGAAUUUAUGAAGAUUAAUUAAGAUUUAUGAUUAAAUAAAUUUUAUAUUUUGAA